UUCGAUUACGUUUUUUGUCAUGACAAAAAGUUUGCUGACUAAUUAAAUGUUAAAUCAAGUAAUCCAAACAAUUUCACUGGAAAUUUUAAAAGUGGAAAAACUGUUACCGCUGUCUAUCAUCUCAGUUGUGUUCAGAAAGACUAAUUUGCAUUUUGAGAUGAUGAUGUUUGUCCUGUAGGAAGCAAUGUGCGCAACGAUGGUGCGUAAUGGAAACUGUUCAGUGGCUAUCAUGAAAGUAUGCACCCUUAUUACUGUCUAAGCCAAACGUGCUGGUUGUGCAUACUUGCUAUUGUAAUUACUUAUGAAUGCAAUUCGUGUUUAAUGUUAACAGCCAUUACUGGAAGUGUCUUAAGGUAGAGUCAGUGUUCUUGCUGAAAUUGUCAUGCUGUGGUGGUUUACAGAUGGUGUAUGAAAACGUUGUGGUGUAGUAUGGCAGAUUUAACUUGCAUAUGUUGUAUUUAGAAAAUUCAAUCAAAUCGAUUUUUGCUGUUGCGUUUGUAAAGUCAGUCGUGAUGAUUCUGUUCAGUCUUUAAUUUUGCUUUACAAGACAGCAAGUCCGAAUAAAUUAAUGAGGGUGCAGGACAUGUUGUACCUAAAACCUGCAAUAGGACACACUGAAACACCCACGUCUUAAAUAUCAGUUAAAUAUAGGCCUACAUGAUGAAACCUAUACGCAUUGGUUGCUCGCCUUUAUUCCUCUAUUACUGAGAACAAGCUGGAUGUAUCCUUAUACGCAUUACAUUGUGUCCUUAAGUUGUUUUGUGUUUUAUUGCGUAUAGAACGUUUGGUUUCCUUUUACGGCAUUCUUACUAUUAUCAGCUUGACUUGACUUGUCUUAUCUAUAUUGCGUUUGGGAGGUAAUGCUGGAUACUGUAACACUUAGCACUUCACUCAUAUUCUGCAGUUUUGUGAUGGAACUCACAGCGUCGCUGUUCGCUAGCACAAGGAGGAUCACGGUUUUCUCCACCCUAUUGUCACAACGAAUCAGCAUCUUAUAAAAACUGCAUCGAGUUCCGUGUUCGGAUUGCCUUUUGUAUCACCAGUCUGUAUGUAUUCAAGAUAUGUUUUGGUUCUUGAGUCAUGCAAUUAGGAUGUGUACAACAAUGGAGCACAGAGGACCGCCUUUGUUUGGAUUAUUGGCGCUGGUCACAUUCGCUCUCAUGGCUAUCACCGUGCAUGCAGACCUGAGCUAUUCCUUUCCGGAGGAGAUGAAACGCGGAUAUGUCAUAGGAAAUAUAGCCAAGGACCUCGGAUUGGAUGUGACUAGAUUAUCCGCUCGUAAGGCUCGACUAGUCUCUGAAGAGGAUCCUAAACAAUAUUGUGAUUUAAAUCUGAGAACAGGGGAGCUGUUUAUAGCUGACAGGAUCGACAGAGAAGAGCUUUGUCUCGAAAAAUUGACGUGUCUGCUGAGAUUAGAGUUAAUGCUUGAAAACCCAUUAGAGUUGCAUCGUAUAGCACUUCAAAUUCAAGAUAUUAACGAUAAUUCUCCCAUGUUUCCGAAGGAAUUGAUUAAACUCGAAAUCAGUGAAAAUGCCGUCAAAGGCUCUAGGUUUCGUGUGAACGAGGCACACGACUUAGACGCUGGACAUAAUUCAGUGCAGACCUACACACUGGAAAGCAAUAGCCAUUUUGUCUUAGCUGUGAACAAGGACACUGACGGGGGGAAAAACGUUGAAUUGAUUUUAGAUAAGGAGCUUGACCGAGAACAGCAGCAGGAUGUCACAUUAGUUAUUUCUGCCGUCGAUGGUGGGACACCACCAAGAUCAGGCACCGUGGCCAUACACAUUACUGUGUUGGAUGCGAAUGAUAAUGCGCCAGUGUUUAUCCAAGAGGUUUAUGAAGCAAGUUUACCCGAAAACUCUGAUUUGGACACUGUUGUGGUUAAAGUGAGUGCAACUGAUGCAGACGAGGGUGCUAACGGUGAAGUAUCAUAUGAAUUUAGUCGUAUUUCAAGUAAAGCGAAAAAGAUAUUUUCACUGAAUUCACUGACGGGUGAAAUCAAAGUUAUUGGCGUAGUUGAUUUUGAGGACGAACAAAAAUAUGAAAUACGCAUAGAAGGAAAAGAUGGAUUUGGACUUUCCACGAAAGCACGAGUUGUCAUAGAAAUAACAGAUUUAAAUGAUAACGCCCCAACUAUAGUUUUGCAGUCUCUGAGUAAUUCUAUCCCUGAAGAUGUGUCUCUUGGCACGGAGGUUGGAAUUAUACAUGUACAGGACAGAGACUCUGAUAAGAACAGACAAGUGCGCUGCUUCAUCCAGGAAAAUUUUCCGUUUAAGCUUGUCCCUUCAAUCAAAAAUUACUAUUCGCUGGUAACGACUGGUGCGUUGGACCGUGAACUGGUCUCCGAAUAUAAUUUUACUGUAAUUGCAAAUGAUGCCGGGUCUCCACCCUUAUCUUCCUCGAAAAGUGUACACCUAUCUGUUGCCGAUGUUAACGACAACGCACCUGUCUUUGAUAAGCUUUUGUAUACUGCACAGAUAACUGAAAAUAACAAACCUGGCUAUUCAGUAUGUUCAGUAAAGGCUAGGGACCCUGACUGGAGACAAAACGGCACGAUUAUGUAUUCUUUAGCAACAGGUGAGGUAAAUGGCCUCCCAGUGUCUUCGCUUUUAUCCAUCAAUGGAGACACUGGGAUAAUCCAUGUUGUCAAGUCAGUCGAUUAUGAACAUUUGAAAAGUUUCAAAGUUUAUGCCAUAGCAAGAGAUAGUGGCUCUCCUCCUCUCAGCAGCAACGUGACUGUCAGUGUUUUGAUAACAGAUGAAAACGAUAAUCCUCCGCAGAUAUUAUAUCCGACACCACAAGGAAGUUCGCUCAUGACUGAAUUGGUGCCCAAAACAGUGCUAGCGGGGUCUUUGGUAUCCAAAAUCAUUGCCGUAGACGCAGACUCUGGACAAAACGCAUGGCUUUCGUAUGAGAUUAUAAAAUCUUCUGAUCCAGGACUUUUCACAAUCGGUGUGCACAGUGGAGAGAUCAGGACGCAGAGAGACAUUUCCGAAAACGAUGGCAUGAAACAGAAUCUUAUUGUCUCAGUGCGAGAUAAUGGACAGCCCACUCUCUCUGUAACUUGCGCCCUACAUGUACUCAUUUCAGACAGCUUUGCUGAGAUUCCCGAGAUAAACGACAAAUAUGAUGAAAGUAAUUCCAAACUCACGUACUACUUGAUUAUUGCACUUGUCUCUGUUUCCACCUUCUUCCUUACUUUUAUCAUCGUCACCGUGGCUGUACGAUUCUGCCGUCGAGGAAAGCCAAGAUUGCUGUUUGAUGGAGCAGUCGCGAUUCCCAGCGCGUAUCUUCCUCCAAAUUACGCAGAUGUGGAUGGCACUGGAACUUUACGCAGCUGUUACAAUUAUGACACGUACAUGACGACGGGGUCGCGCACAAGUGACUUUAAGUUUGUUACGUCUUACAACGACGGAACAAUGCCCACUACCUUGACACUGAAAAAAUCGCCCACUGCUGCAGUUGAUCACAACGAGCUCUUCCAGGCUCCUGAUAUGUCUGCUCAGGUAAGGCACAUUUUAUUUUCUAUGAUGUUAUCUCUCAAUGUGUUGGUUUUACUCUAUCUACCCAUCCAUCCACCUCAAAAUCUUACAUUACAUGUAUAUCAUACAAAGUCAUACAUUACAUUACAUUACAUAACAUUACAUUCAUAUACAUUAGUUAAGCAAUAUGACACUUGUGUUCAUGGGGCUGGUAAAGGAUAUCCCCACAGCUGUGAUUACCUGCAGCACUCAGCCUCUGGCCUUGUGUCUAUGGCCUAAUCACAGCCAUGGGGAUAUCCUUUACCAAGCCCAUGAACACGAGUGUCGUAUUGUUUUCAUACAACAGCUCAAAUACUGACUAAUUGAGUUUGAAGACACCAGAUUGUGUUUUCUGUCGUUUAUUUUGAUUUUGUCUAUUCAUUCUCCGCCCCCAAAAGUAGUUCAGACCUGAGUGUUCGGUGUCAAGAAUGACUAAGUGUCAUCUGUCACCUGUCUUCACAUUACAUUACAUUUCCCCAACUCAAUUUGCUCCCUUUCUUCACUGGAAAACUGUUGUGCAAUCAGGAAUGAAUACAUUGAUAACACCAUUUAGCCUAUACCUAGCUGCAUACACAAGCAUUUUAUAAAAACAUGACCAAAUGAUAUGUUAAUGCUUUACUGACUUCAAAGUAAAGGCAGUAGAGCUGCACUGAGCUAUACCAGAUGCUGGCCUUGUUACCAUGUGAUACUCCAUCUUGUGGUGAUAUGUGAAACAGACACAGAGCAUGAGAGGCAGAAACAGAGCUUGAGUCAGUGACACAUGCCUGUGAGAGUGUGUGUAUCUCUCUCUCUCUCUCUCUCUC